AUGGCAAUGUUGCGAUUUCGUACCGAAGGACAUAAUGGGUAUUCGUUACAAUUCAGUCCAUUCAUUGAUAAUAAACUAUCAUGUGCAUCGGCGGCAAAUUUUGGAUUAGUAGGAAACGGAAGAUUAUACAUUUUAAAUACUGGUGUUGGCCCUAAUGGUGUGGAGAUUGAACGAAUAUAUGAUACUAAAGAUGGUUUAUUUGAUUGCUCUUGGAGUGAAGUUAAUGAAAAUCAAGUUGUUACUGCUAGUGGUGAUGGUUCAAUAAUGUUAUGGGAUAUUACUCUCACG